CAUCUGAAGCACUGUUUCAUUGAGACAAAAGCUGAGCAGAACAGUUUAUAAGAUAAAGGAUUAGCACUAGUGUGCUUCAUUAUUAAAAAAUGUGUUUUUAUUGGAUUAUUGGGCUCCUAGUGCUUUGGUCAGGUGUUAUCACAGCCAGUAAUGUCACAGCAGCUCCUGGAGUUGGCACAACAACUUCAAAUGAAACCUCUGCCUUUAACAUGAGCAUCAAAAUAACUAACCGCACUUACAACAAAUCACUUGAGGACACUGAUUCUCAUUACUACAAAACACUACGGCAGGAUGUUGAGGAUUUGUUUUCUGAGGUGUAUAAAUCCACUUCAUCAGCUGGGUAUCAAAAGAUUACAGACAUGACUUUCAGCGAAGGAUCUGUGAUUGCAAAUUCCACAGUGAUAUUUCAAACUAAUCAAACAAGUGGACAGUAUGUGAAAAUCACCUUUAUUGACAAUUACAAAAAGCUCCACUCACCAUUGCUGACUCUAAACAUCAACUAUACAGCAGAUCAAGAACCUCAUUUUGUCUUGCUAAAUAUGUCUCAUCCUAUAUCUACUACGACUGAAUUCUCCACCAGCCCUAACCCCAUUCAACAUUUGGUUUCUUCAACUUUGGCCUCAACUACCAAUAGACUAGACCUCGUAACAGAUAGUAAUGACACCAUUACAACCCCACAAUCUCAUUCGACCUCUUUCAACAGUGUUUCUGCUUCUCAGACUACUCCGAAUAUUACCUCAAACAACAGCAGUAUAACACUGUCUCCGAGAACCGUCACCUCAACCAUGACAGCUUUCAAUCAUUCAUUCAUUCCAAAUAGCACAAAUUCUUCUUCUGGUCCUUCAAACAUAACAGUAGAUGAAAGCCCAUCAGUCAUGCUUACUUCCAGUCCUUCAACCACAACAUUACAUCCAAGCAGCAUUUCCACCAUAUCUGCUUCCAGUUCUUCAACCAGGACCAAUCAUCCAAGCAGCAUUUCCACCAUAUCUGCUUCCAGUUCUUCAACCAGGACCAAUCAUCCAAGCAGCAUUUCCACCAUAUCUGCUUCCAGUUCUUCAACCAGGACCAAUCAUCCAAGCAGCAUUUCCACCAUAUCUGCUUCCAGUUCUUCAUCCAGGACAAAAAACCCAGGCAGCAUUUCUGGCACAACUGCUUCCAGUUCUUCAACCACAACAGUACAUGAAACUAGCAACAUUUCAGCAACGCCUGCUCUCAGUUCUUCAGUCAAUCCAGGGAAAACCGUAACCCAAAAGCCCACAGAACCUGCAGAGUCUAACACAGUGGCAACAGAGCAGGGUGUGCCAGGUUGGGGCAUUGCCAUCCUGGUGCUAGCAGCCAUCAUACUUUUCUUCAUGCUUAUCCUCCUCAUACUGCUGCUGCUGUUUUGGUGCUGUUGGUGGAGACAGCGUGGCUUCAUGAAAGUGUCUGAUCCUGACCCAACUGGCUAUUAUAACCCUGACAUUCCCAUGUACUCCACUCACAGCACGUAUGAGUCACACAACGGCAAGUCACUGGAUUCAAACUCAGAGAGACCUAAGAACCAGACUGGAACGAUCACGGUGAAUAAGUGAACACGCAGGGCUGAAAGUCAAACUUUUCAAACAAUGGAUGCCAUGUCAUAAUUAACUCCACACGACUCAGCAACAUUCAGGUGCUGUCUGGCUCUCCUGCUGGAACUUCCACCUGGCUGACAGUCCAUCUAUCAAAGUGGCACUACGGAAAAGCUGUACAGUCUGUAGUACCAAAUAACCAGCAUGGAUAUGGAUACAAUAUUCAGAAUAUUAUGUGCUGAUCUCGGCAAUUUCCCCAGCUACAACAUUGUGAUUGGAUAACUGUAAUGUUUAAAAUGAUAUAUUUACUUUGAAAUUGUUUACUGACAGUAAGAACAAAUUAAUUUUCAAAUAAAAUAAACAGGACUGCUUUCAAUCGGCUAAUAUCAUUGUUAUAUAUCACAAAAUUGUAUUUCUCCAUGUCUAUGAGGCUUUAUAACAAUAAGGAUCUAUUACAAUAUAUGUUCUUUUGGAGAAAAAAGAAAAGAAACUGUCAUUUUAUUUAAGUACAUUUAAUUUAAAUAUAUAAAUAAAUUUAUUUUGCUAAUUUAAUAAGAGAUGUGUUCAGUUAAACAGGGUUGAAUGGUGGCAGGUUUAGAGAUAAUAAGCUGUGCUAGUGUCCAGAUCACCUCAGCCCCCCAGGGUCAUUGCUUCCUGGGGCUAUUGUGCUAAUAAAAAGGUUUCUUUGUAUGAAUCGGAGCAGCUCAGAGAUUCCCCUGCAAGUCUCAAAGGAAAGAAGAAGGAAAAAGAAAGAGAAUGGUGAUAGAUGGACCUUCAGUGCUCUUAGUCCAGUGGAACUGGUCUCUGAAAUACUGUGGCUGUUCUUUAUAAAAAAAAAAAAAAAAAAAAACACGAAGUGAAUCAGGUAACAGGUGACAUCUAAGAGGAAACCCAGUCUUCUAAGUUUUGUACAGUCAAAUGAAUUUGGUGACUUAUUCCAUAUCUCUGCUUACACCCAGAAAUAUUCAAGCCAGGUGGGGCUGAAAUUGAUAAACAUUCACCAACAACAAAAUGAUUGAACACACUUGUAUGAUAUUGAAACAAUUUAAAAGUCAUUUCAGGCAUUACUCAUUGGUUGUAUGCAUAGUGCACAGAGGUCACCAACGUUCUGCAGAGUCAAUAGCUACAGAUCUCCAAACUUCAUGUGGCCUUUAGAUUAGCUCAAGAACAGUGCGUAAAGAGCUUCAUUGAAUGGGUUUCCAUAGUCAAGCAACUGCAUCCAAGUCAUACAUAACCAAGUGCAAUGCAAAGCAUCGGAUGCUGUGGUGUAAAGCACGCCGCCACUGGACUAUAGAGCAGUGGAAACGUGUUCUCUGGAGUGACGAAUCACGCUUCUGGCAAUCUGAUGGACGAGUCUGGGUUUGGCGGCUGCCAGGAGAACAGUACUUGUCUGACUGCAUUGUACCAAGUGUAAAGUUUGGCGGAGGGGGGCUUAUGAUGUGAAAAAUAGGUCCAUGUCCACUGUGAGAGACAUAAUC